CGGCGGGAGCGUGCCCGUCGCAAGAUGGCGGCGGCCAUGCUAGGGCUUGGGGCCGUGUGUGCGCAGCGAGCGGCGGCGGCGCGGCCCGCGCGGGAGGCGCGGCGGCGGCGGCGCUAGCCCGGCCCUCAGCCCCUCCUCGCGAUCGCCACCUCCGUUUCUCCCGCCUCGCCCGCUAUGGAUCUGCCCGUGGGCCCGGGCGCGGCGGGGCCCAGCAACGUCCCGGCCUUCCUGACCAAGCUGUGGACCCUCGUGAGCGACCCGGACACGGACGCGCUUAUCUGCUGGAGCCCGAGUGGGAACAGCUUCCACGUGCUGGACCAGGGCCAGUUCGCCAAGGAGGUGCUGCCCAAGUACUUCAAGCACAGCAACAUGGCCAGCUUUGUGCGGCAGCUCAACAUGUAUGGCUUCCGGAAGGUGGUCCACAUUGAGCAGGGCGGCCUGGUCAAGCCAGAGAGGGACGACACCGAGUUCCAGCACCCGUGCUUCUUGCGCGGCCAGGAGCAGCUCCUCGAGAACAUCAAGAGGAAAGUGACCAGCGCCAUCUCAGUGACUGCUCCCCUGGGGACCCAGGUGUCCACCCUGAGGAGCGAGGACAUAAAGAUUCACCAGGACAGUGUCACCAAGCUGCUGACCGACGUGCAGCUGAUGAAGGGGAAGCAGGAGAGCAUGGACUCCAAGCUGCUGGCCAUGAAGCACGAGAACGAGGCCCUGUGGCGGGAGGUGGCCAGCCUGCGGCAGAAGCACGCGCAACAGCAGAAAGUCGUCAACAAGCUCAUCCAGUUCCUCAUCUCGCUGGUGCAGUCGAACCGGAUCCUGGGGGUGAAGAGAAAGAUCCCGCUGAUGCUGAAUGACGGCAGCUCUGCACAUUCCAUGCCCAAGUACGGCCGGCAGUACUCCCUGGAGCACAUCCACGGCUCGGGGCCCUACUCGGCUCCGUCCCCGGCCUAUAGCGGCUCCAGCCUCUACCCCCCAGACGCUGUUGCCAGCUCCGGACCCAUCAUCUCCGACAUCACCGAGCUGGCCCCCGGCAGCCCCUUGGCCUCUGCGGGCGGGAGCGUAGCUGAGAGGCCCCUGUCCAGCAGCCCCCUGGUUCGAGUCAAGGAGGAGCCCCCCAGCCCACCUCGGAGCCCCCAGGCAGAGGAUGCCAGUCCCAGCCAGCCGUCCUCCAUGGUGGAGACGCCCCUGUCCCCGACCGCCCUCAUUGAUUCCAUCCUGCGGGAGAGCGAGCCGACGCCGGCCGCCUCGGCCCCGGCCCUCGCCGAUGCCGGGGGCCGCCCCCCGUCGCCCCGGCCUGCCUCGGCCCCCGAGAAGUGCCUCAGCGUAGCCUGCCUGGACAAUUUGGCUCGCGCUCCACAGAUGUCUGGGGUCGCCCGCCUCUUUCCCUGCCCCUCCUCCUCUCUGCAUGGCCGAGUCCCGCCAGGGACCGAGCUCAGCGACCACCUGGAUGCCAUGGACUCGAACCUGGACAGCUUGCAGACCAUGCUGACGAGCCACGGCUUCAGCGUGGACACCAGCACCCUGCUGGACUUGUUCAGCCCUUCGGUGACAGUGCCCGACAUGAGCCUGCCCGACCUUGACAGCAGCCUGGCCAGCAUCCAGGAGCUCCUCUCUCCCCAGGAGCCCCCCAGGCCUCUUGAAGCAGAGAGCAGCAGCCCUGACUCAGGGAAGCAGCUGGUGCACUACACGGCCCAGCCCCUGCUCCUGCUGGACCCGGGCUCCGUGGACGUCGGGGGCAGCGACCUGCCGGUGCUCUUCGAGCUGGGAGAGGGCUCCUACUUCUCCGAGGGAGAUGACUACGCAGACGACCCCACCAUCUCCCUGCUGACGGGCUCUGAGCCCCCCAAAGCCAAGGACCCCACUGUCUCCUAGAGGCCCCAGGAGGAGGGCUGGCCUGCGCCCCCCCUUUCCCUUCCCCUCCCCCCUCCCCCCCCCCAGUGCAGGGCUGGUCUCAGUAGUACCGGGCCGGCUGGGCGGGCAUGGCCCCAGUCAGCAGCGAGGACCCAGCCCCACGAGCAGUGGCCUCGGACUGACCGGUACACGGGUGCUCAUAGAAGUGUAUUUUGGAUUUUUACACGAGAGUCCCCCCUUUCCCCUUCUGUAGAGAUAUACAGGCAUAUACACGGACUGACGGACAGACGAGACAGAGAGCUAUAAACGACGGGCUGUGCGUGUGGC